GCCGGCCCCGGGAGCCGCCGCCGCUGGGGGCACACAAGGGCCGCGGCGGCGGGGUGGCGGCGGCGGCGGAGCAGCAGCGCUGGGCCGGGCUGGUGCCGGUGGCCGGCGGCAAGCAGGCCGGCGCGGGGGAUGCGGGCGCCCGGCCGCGCUACCAGGCGGUGCUGCCCGGGCGCGGCGCCGGGGAAGGGGCGGCGGGAGCGGGAGCGGGAGCGGGGCCCGCCGAACCGGGCCCUCCGCCGGCGCCGGCGGCCGCCGAGGGCAAGUGGAAGAGCGGUUCGCGGCGCGGCGGGAUGGGGGCCGGCGGGGGCUCGCCGGGGCAGGCGGCCUGCCUGCGGCAGAUCCUGCUGCUCCAGCUGGACCUCAUCGAGCAGCAGCAGCAGCAGCUGCAGGCCAAGGAGCGGCAGAUCGAGGAGCUCAAGGCCGAGCGGGACACGCUCCUUGCGCGGAUCGAGCGCAUGGAAAGGCGGGUGCAGCUGGUGAAGAAGGACAGCGAGCGGGAGAAGCACCGCAUCUUCCAGGGCUUCGAGGUGGACGAGAAGCCGGAGGCGGAGGCGUGCGAGAAGCUGCCACUGGAGUGUCCCCAGGACCUGCUGGAGCCCCCCCCGACCCUGCAGCCCAAGCACUUCCCCUACGGCAGGAACGGGAAGGGGCAUAAAAGGAAGCCGACGUUUGGGAGCGCGGAGAGGAAGACGCCCGUUAAAAAACUGGUGUCCGAGUUCUCGAAAGUGAAGAGUAAAACUCCGAAGCACUCCCCGGGGAAGGAGGAAUCGGGUGGCUCCUUGUCCGAAACUGUUUGUAAACGAGAACUGCGGAGCCAAGAGACUCCCGAAAAACCCAGGUCGCUUCUGGAGACCCCCCUCCGAGCCUCAGCCCUGCCGAAGGGCCCCAGCGCCCACCCCAAGGAGAAGGGCUUCUUCAGCAGCGAGACAGACGACCUGCCCUAUCUCUCAACCACGGAAAUGUACUUGUGCCGCUGGCACCAGCCGCCCCCGUCGCCGCUGCCGUUGCGGGAGCCCUCCCCAAAGAAGGAGGAGACUGUAGCAAUUCCAUCUUGGAGGGACCAUGUCGUGGAGCCCCUGAGAGACCCCAACCCCUCGGACCUCCUGGAGAACCUGGAUGACAGCGUCUUUUCCAAACGGCACGCGAAGCUGGAGCUGGAUGAGAAACGAAGGAAAAGGUGGGACAUCCAGCGGAUCAGGGAACAGAGAAUUCUACAGCGGCUGCAGCUCCGAAUGUACAAAAGGAAAGGGAUUCAGGAGUCGGAGCCUGAAGUUACCUCAUUUUUCCCUGAGCCAGAUGACGUGGAAAGCUUGCUCAUCACCCCUUACCUGCCCGUCGUCGCCUUUGGCCGGCCCUUACCAAAACUGACCCCGCAGAACUUCGAGCUGCCCUGGCUGGAUGAGCGCAGCCGCUGCCGGCUGGAGAUGCAGAAGAAGCAGACGCCGCACCGGACCUGCCGGAAAUAGCGGAGCCGCCGGGAGCUCCGACCGCUGCCGCGUCGCGCCGACGGCCGCUGCCCCUCUCCUGCCUUCUCGUUGACGGACGGUUCCGUUCCUCCGGGACCCCGGUUUUGUUCUCUUGGGUUUCGAAACACGUUCCCCGGACUUGUCCCCCCCGCCCCGUCCCACCGUACCCGCCGCGGUGCCGGGCGGCUGCCAGCUGAGGUUUCCCACCGGUUGCUCCCGGGGGGGCAGCGGGUGGACCCCAGACCCUGCCUGCCCCCCCCCCCCCCCCCAGUCGAUCUUCGCUGCCUUUUGGACGUUUGGCUCCGAGCCGCAGGCGGGAGCAGGGAGAGCACCGGGGCCAGGGGGGUGCCGCGUCCCCCCAGGGCUCUGUGUUUAGUUAGAAAAGAGGAUAAACACCAGUUUGUGUCUGAGCGGGGGCUGCUGGGGGUCCUGGUGCUGCCGCAGCGAGGAGCAGGGCACCAGUAAGCGCCAGGAACCCUCUUUGGGGUUUGUUGUUGUUUUUUUUUUUUUUUUUUUUUUUUUUUCCCCCUCCCCUCUUGAGUGGCUGUAAUGGGGUCAGAGGGGAGAGUUUAAAAACAAAUGUUUUUUUUUUUUUUUUUUUUUGUGAAAUAGAAACCCUAUACGCACAAUUUUGGUUUUUUUUUUUUUUUUUAAAGUUGUGUUUUAUAAUUUAAAUGUUUCGAGGUUGGCGAUGUGUGCUGUAAGGAGUUGGGUUGGUGUGAGAGCUGGGACUGUGGCCACUUCCCCACAGCGUCCCUGGACCCCCUCGACACCCCCUUGGCCCCUCGGGGACAGGACCCCCGCGGGUGGGUGGGGAGGGGGCCGUAGGGGGGGAGUGGGCGCCCCUUGUCCCCCGCUCUGGCCAGGCUCUCCCAGCCUGCCCUUCAGCAGAGAUUAAACAGGAGAAAUGUGCCAGCA